AUGACUGUGCCAACAACGAUGACACCACAACAUAUGCAUCGACAACAAAGAUAUGGUAUGACAAUGAUGCAGCCUGGUCAACAACCGGUACAAAUCGGAUCUGGACAAUAUGUGCAAAAUUCACAAAUGCAACCAAGAAUCUUGACAAUGAGUGAUGCACUAUCUCGCUUACCACCAGAAGUGCAGCAAAUGGCUCAGCAGCAAAUAAAUGCAGAAACCAAUGCAGAAAAGAAACGACAAAUUGCUCUUGGAUUCAUUCAAGGGCGAGUACGGCUUGCUCAGCAGUAUCCAGGACAUGGCACGAUAAAUACUGGUGGAAUGAUGAUUAAUGUUGGGCCAAAUCAGCAAGUUGGAAAUACACAAAUGGUACGUAUGGGACCUGUACAGGCAGGUCCUGUACCGUAUCCAGCUCAAAGCGUCUCACUACAAACAGGGAUGGGGCAGAUGGGGCCAACACAGGUUACAGUGCAACGUAUACCAAGUAAUUAUAUGGUAAAUGGUAUGAACUCGCAAAACAUGCAGUAUCAAUCUCAGGAUGCCGGAAGUAUGCAAAAUUAUAAUUCGCCACAACAAAUGACUCUUACACAGCCAUCAUCGGUUGGAUCUUCUGUUCAGCACUCCUCUUCUCUUCAUCAUAAAGGUCCCAGUAGUGUUCCAUCUGCCAUUUACGCUCAACAUCAUUCUGGGGAAAGUUCUACUCCAACACAUAAUGCAGCCAGUAGUGAAAAUGAUAAAAGCUCAGAUGAACCACUUUACAGCCAAAAGUUGGAUUUGCUGAAACCUUACCACGAACAUAUCAAAAGAUUGCUCGAAAGGAAUCGAUUAGAUGGACAAGCACCAAAAUCGAAGUUUGAGCGCCUUCUAGAAAUAAUGGAAAAUCGUCGAAAAGUAGAAUUGAAACUCCUGGAAAAAUUGGUUGUAAGUGUAAGGAAUUUAAUUGAGCAUGAUUCACUUUGUUACUCUCUUACGGAAGCUUUACGUGUGGAAAUUGGUGACGCUCCAAAGCCAGUUGUGCCUGAUCCUUGGGCAGAUUUUAAUCAGUAUAAUAUAAGAGUUCCAGAUAAAGUAAUUAACUUGAUUAAAGAAGAAAAAUCUCGAAUCAAAGAGGGAAAAGAUCUGAUACCACCGAAGCGAAUUAAAAAAGAAGAAAAUGAUGGUUCUACUUUAGAUCGAAUAGCUGUAAUAUGUCAAGACGGUUCACGCUUGGAAUUGUCACAAGAAGCUUCAGACCAACUUCGAUCAUACAAUUAUAGGUUCGAUCCUGAAUUUGUUCCUAUUUCAGAAGAUUGCACGGAAGUACAAGUGUUUAUAGAUAAUGAUAUCCUCUUGGUUCCUCCAUUACGAUUAGUAGUUCCUUUGAAUUAUCCAGAUUCUAAAGCUUCCAUAUGGCGUGAUAGAUGGUCAUAUGGUAGGAUUAAUUUGGUCGAUAUCAAUACACAGUUUGAUAAACGCUUAAAUAUGACAGUUAACUGCCGGACAAUUACUGAAAUCAUUAAUUGUUGGAAACUUGCUUCAUUACAUGUUUUAAAAAUUGGUAGCACGAAUAACGGUUAG